AUGUAUGAAUCGAAGUCUUCGAUCUUGGCUACCACUGCCUUCAUUUGGAAGGUAAGAGAUGCCGCGGAUCGUAGAGUAUUUUCAUCACUAUCAUCUGAAUGUUUGAUGGUAGGAUCUUUGAGAAACGGCAACACGGCCUCGGCUGCAGUAGCGAGCGCUUUGGCUUUUGUAGCUGUUCUCGUGAUCUCGGCUUUGGUCGAAUCAACAAUCGAAGUCACUAAUGAUUUUGGUUGCGAUUUAGACCGAGUUUUGGCACGCAUACGAGGCUGCUCUUUUUCCGUUGGAAAUGAGCACGCCUUACGGCUUGGUGGUAAUGCUGAUGUACGGUGGUUAGGAUGUCUUAGCAUCCUGAUGAUUGUCGAAGACAGGGGAGUUCAGAAAACUGAAAUUGGAUAG